AUUUCCUGACUACGGUUUCCAAAUGCGAAAAGAUCUCGGAAAGGGACUUUUUUCAAGCUUGCUCCGUCCGAGGAAAAUAAUGAAUGCAGCUUAUUUUUUAAGCAAUACGGAUUCUCUCUUGACUUAAAUAUGUAUUUUAAGACGUGCCCUAUUUAACGUUGGUGCUGCAUUAGUGUCCGUGUCUCUCCCUAUGCACCAUUUUUCUAGGAUUCACACCCUCCAUCUUCUCUCAUCCCUGGUGAUUCAACGCGUUAUGUUGUGAUACUGGAACAUCAGUGAGCCAGUGUCUGGGAGAGUGGGAUAGAGCAGGAACCACAGACAGGAACCACACUCUUAUUCCUGAGGCUCUGAGGUCUCUGGCCCCUUAGGGCACACAAUAGACAGCGAGCAGCUCUGAGAUGUACAUGGUACCUUCAGGCAUUUGGAAAUUGCUCCCAAGGAUGAACCAGACUUGUGGAGCUCCCCCAAAAAUUUCUGAGGUUUUGGCUGAUUUCUUUUGAUUUUCCCAUGAUGUCCAGCAAAGAGGCACUGAGUUUGAAGGUAAAUUGCAGAGCGGGGCUGAACGGCAUCAUUACUGACCUUUCUGCACAUUGUUUAGCCAGCCUCACCGGUAUACGAGGAGGCAUAAAAAGUUAUGUGGUGAUGGAGUCUGAGGAGCCAGAGCUGAGGGAGUGUGAUGAAGCCUUUGAGUCAGAUGAAGGCAAUGUAGAGUCUUACCUGGAAGAGCCAGAGAGCAGCAGGGAGCUCCUGGAGAGGCUCAAGGAGCUGGAGGCUGAGAAUUCAGCCCUGGCCCUUGCGAAUGAAAGCCAGAGAGAAGCCUAUGAAAGGUGUCUGGAUGAGGUGGCCAAUCAUGUGGUACAGGCCCUUCUGAAUCAAAAGGACCUGCGGGAGGAGUGUAUUAAGCUGAAGAUGCGUGUGUUUGACCUGGAGAGACAGAACAAAACCCUGACUGAGCUCUUUGCCCAGAAACUACACCCCCAGGCCAGCCAUCUGCAACAGUUGCAGUUGGUGUCUGUCACCGAGCCCAGCACCGAGCCCAGCACCAAGCCCAGCACCGAGCCCAGCACAGAGCCCCUGAUCAUGGACAGUGACAAAUUGCUGGUGUCCAAAAACCAGGGGGAACUCAAGAGCAAUGGGAACCGCACACAGAACGGGUCAGCCGCAUCGGCCCGGGCCCCUGCCACCUCCAUGGAGGCCCUGUCUCCGUUUUUCAAGAAGAAAGCACACAUCCUAGAGGUCCUGCGGAAGCUGGAGGAGUCAGACCCACUCAAGUUCCACCCCUCCUCCUGCCUGUCCCCCCACCAUGACCUAGGCCAGGCGCCGGUCUCCAUGGAGAGAGACCAGAUAUCCCUGAUGUCCUCUGAGGCAUUACCUGCCCCACAGCGCCCGGUGGCACAACCAUCGUCACGCUGCCACCACUCCAGCUCUGACUCGGACAUUCAAGAUUAUGCCAAUGGAGAAGGGGCUCUCCAGAAGGACCAUGCCCAGCUUCAGCAACAACAACACGGGAGAUGUCAGUCCUGCCACAUACUCUCCCAGAAGAGCAGCCUGGACAGCCUGCUGAAGUGUGCCCAGGGCCACGGUGCCUCACACCAGGCCAGAGUGGAGAUCCUUAACAGGCAGGCCAGUGCAGAGGACCAGGGGGCAUCGGCACAGAGCACAACCCCUCCCCAAGCAGCGGCUUUUUCCCAUCUCCUCUCUGCUGACAGCACAAACCAGUGCUACAUGCGCAAAACAGCUUUGGACUUUCUAGAGCGCACUCCAGAAGGUCUGGGUACUUCUGAUCCUUUCCUCUCCUUGCUAAUCCAAGCCAACUUCAACGGGAUGCUAGGGCAGGAGCCCAGGAAGUUACAAAAACACACAGACAAGCAUCCAUCCGGCAAACCGCCGCCUCAGGCAGAGGUACAGCCCUCUCACGGUGAGGAUAUAAAGCACAUAAAGGCUGUCAUGGCAACGUCGCAGAGCCAGAACGAGGACAGUCUGGAAAAGUGCUGCUACCUGGAAGUAGAGGCAGCGGCACACAAUGUGAACAACCGCCUGCACUCUUCUACCUCACACACAGACCAUGUUGAGACGGAACCAGGAUAUCCCAAGGAGCAGGAAGUGAGUGAUCAGAUCUGCAACGGGCUCUACUUCUCCAAUGAAACGUCUGUCUCCAAGAAGGUGGCGGUGGAAUCUUACUCUCCAGCCCCAGUGCCUGACAGGAACAGCUCAGCUCAGGUCCUGAAUCCCUCUGGGAAGAGCAAGCUUGCACUCAGCUCCACCUCUCCCUCUUCAGGUCUGAGUGAAGUCAAGCCCUCCCCUAUCUCCUCCCCGUCCCGGCUGCUCAAGUUCCUGAAGAUCCCUCCGGGGAUCAACCAGGCACAACCAGGCAACCCCCUCCGUUUAAGUCCCCAGCUCACCCGCAGCUCCAAGAUCCCCUGCAGGAACAACAACAACUAUGAGGUGUACCACUCUCCCGUCCUGACCCGCAAAGCCACCACCACAGAGAGGGAGAAGCAGCCAUCCUCAUCCUCCUCCAAAACAGACUCCUACCCUGCCACACAUUCCGCCCCCACCUCCCCACCCAAAUCAGAGGACAUUGUGGACACCCCUCCCAUGGCCAAGGAGAUUGUUUUCAGCAGCCACUUUGCGCCCAAACCCAGCGACAGCACAAAGGCACCCCCCUCCUCUCAUGCACAAAGGGGCUCUCAGAAGGUACCCCAAUAUGAGAAUGUCUGCCCCUCAGAUGGGACGCCUCAGUUCCUGGAGGGUCUUAAGAAGUCCCAGUACCCCCAACACGAGGGUCCUGUAGAGAAGCAUUGUCAGCAAGAUGAGAGCCUCCUCAGCCCCCCGUCUUCACAGCACCCUGACUCGUCCCCAGGGACGGCUGACCAGGACUUCUCUGACCAGGACACUGACUCAGAAAGCCCCAUCUGGCACAAGCCAAAUCAACACUUCAGCCUCCCCUCCUCGUCCUCCUCCGCCGCCAGUAAAGCACAAAGUAGUCACCCCAGGUACUCCAGCAUGAGGGACAGGCACCAGGAGCACCGUGCAGCUCCAGAGCCCAGCCAACAGAACUGUGAACCUGCCCAGCCAACUCAGUCUUCAGCCAGGCGAGGUGACCCCAAGAGACUGGUGCAGGGCAAGACUUCCCAGAGUGAGUCCAGUCACUACCCCUUCAAAGAGCGCCUGGCUGCUUUGGGGAAACUGAAGAGCACAGAAGAUCUGCCAGUAGGUGCACAGUCUGUGGACCAGAAGGAUGUACAAAGUAACCUAGGCAAACCCCCCACCAAUGUUGAGAAAAGCAAGACCGCUGAAAGGCAAGGUGAGCGAACUGGAGCAGAGCAGCACAGAAAUCAGAAUUCCACUGAUUCCCUGGAUGGGAAGCCCUACCCCAAAACCAGCCUCGGCAGUCACACUAGGGGGAUAGGUCCAAUACAUGAAUCGGGCACCAAAUCCUCAGCCACCCCAUCAAUGAUACCCAAGGGAGAGCAAGAGACACCGUUUUCUCCCAGGAUAUAUGUAGCAAAAGCAGAGGGUCCAAAGAUCAAGAUGGGCACAUCAUCCUCCAACGCAGAGAAUCCUCCAGUGGUGCGGAGCUAUGGGAAAUGCCCCAUCACCCAGAGCCACCACAGUAAAACUGCCCCCAGCCCACAAAACAGCCCCACUAAAGUCCCGUCAAAGUCCCCUUCAAAGGUAGGUCAAGCUUCCUCUUAUCCCAGAGGGGUCAAACCCAUUCCUGAGGACCGUGCCCUGGCUCAGAGAAACCCACUUCGGCCAGAGGACAAAACCAAGCUCCCGGCCGGCAAGAAGAAGACCUUUGGCCAUGCAGAGAGCUUCCCGCCUCCCCCUCUGCCACCACGGCCGUCUACUGAAGCCAUCGCAAAAGAGGACAAAAAGCCGUACUCGUCUGGCCCACCCGUGCUCCAGUCUGCCAUUGAGCAGAAGGUAAUGCGUGGCAUUGAGGAAAACAUGCUGAAGCUGCAGGAGCAGGACCAGGGCCAGGUGUCCGAGCCAAAGCAGAAGGCCUCCAAUGGCAUCGCCAACUGGUUCGGCCUGAGGAAGAGCAAGCUCCCCGCCCUCAACCGCAAACCGGAAGUGUCCAAGUUCAAGAUCAACAUGUCCUCAUCUCUUUCGUCAUCGUCUGCCUCUGGCGGAGGGGCUAAGGACCCUAAGACAGGUGGUCCCCAGAAGGUGGUGGAGAGCCUGAACAUCUCCAAGCUGAUGGAGAAGGCAGAGGACCUGCGGAAGGCGCUGGAAGAGGAGCGGGCAUAUGUGAACAGGGUCGAGAUGGACCGCUCUGGCAGAGGCCACUCAUGUGAGGUGGUGAUGGACCAGGCCCAAGGCCAACUGUCACUCAUGUGCAGAGGAUUGACCGCAGAGAACUUCAUGCAGCAGCUCCUCAACAGUCCCUCGACGUCUUGUUCUGGAAACAGGGUGGACGAGAGGGGAGCUAUACCUACCACCUUUGGAAUGACACACAGACGCCUCUCCUUUGACUCUAAGAGGUCGCGGCCCAACUUCAGUCACCAGAGGAACGGGAUCAGCCACACCAAGAGCAGGGACGAGAUAGCCCAGGGUUCGGUUAUGAUCGGCAAGGAUGAGGUCACAUCAGAAGACAGCUUGGCAGAGUCCAUUAGUUCUCAGCAUUUUACAGGUUCUGGGGCCUCCAUGCGCACCCUCGACAGUGGCAUUGGCACGUUCCCCAUGCCAGACUACGCCAGUAGCAUGGCAGGGAAGAGCAUCCCUAAGGGGAAGCCACAGGGAGAGCAAGGUUUUUCUUGCUCCCAGGGUAUGCAUGGGGCCAUGAUGAAGGUUCCGCGUAAGGCCCAUACACUGGAGAGAGAGCUGUCAUCUCUGGAUGAAGUCAACCCGUUUGUCCUGUAUGGCUCAGGGCUGGAGGGAAAAGGUACCAACAUGCACCUGUCCAGUACAAUCCACGAGGAUAUAGAUGCCUAUGGAGCUCAUAUGCAAAAUCCCCUCACCAAGAACUGGACCUUUCCCAAUCUGAAAGGCUCUGCGAGAGCCACUGAUGUUUACCUGGAUGUGCAGGGAGACCUGGGGACCCCAUCCAGAAGGAGUUUGAAACAGUGUUCCCCCCAGCGCCCCCUGGCCACUGACCAAGGCAGCCUCCCCCUUCCACUCCAGACAGGGCUCAGCCAGCGGGGUAUGGGGCGGACGCCCAGCGCCUCGGAGGUGGGGAAGGACGGAGGGCUGGACCUGGUGAAGGAGAGACCAGAGGACCUCCUGUCCCUGAGAGAGACGCCUGAAUCCCUCAGUGACUCCCUCUACGACAGCCUGUCCUCCUGUGGCAGCCAGGGCUAGGACCCAGGGACAGAUGGGGGAACAGAGGGAGAGAUGGACCAACCGACACCCUUUAAACCACGGCUAAUGAUGCACAUCCAUCCCUCCUUGUAAUGGUGGCCCAGCCCAUAAGGCAGACCAAGUUGAAGUACCUCCUUCCCUCUUCCACACACACAGCUCUCUCUGCUGACCCUGUCUACUUUGCUGAGAUUUGGUUAGUACUGAUGGAAAAAUCACCCUCAGGUUGACUGAUGUUCACACACACAUCAUUUGUGGAACUAGACUGAGAAUUGGGCGCUAUUGUUCUCCAAGCAACAAGCAUCUGAUGACAGACCAGCUCAACUCAAAUGUGUACACACACCGACGAGAUGCAUGGGAAAAUAACACGUUCAAGACAGCCACACGAUCACCAUGGUCUGGAUAAUCUGAAGAAUUGUUGUUAAAUAAUUUAACCAGGCUCCUGAGGUCGGCCCCAAGAAGUGGCUGGUAUCAGGGGUUUUUCAAGUCUGUCCUGGAUGUGGACAUGUUUCAGUCUAGGAAAAUUGGGCAGACAUUAAUGCCAGAAAACAACCACAUUUUACUGCCCAAUAAAUAUGUCGCAGUGUGGGGAUCGACUACAAUAAACUUCCCUGUUUUCAGUUGUGUUUUUUUUUGUUUUUUUGUUACAUGUUAUGUAUCAUGUAAUUUUAAGUUAAAUAAAAAAGUGUGGGUAUGAAUGGAAGGAUGUGUAUGUGAGUGAGACUUAAUGCAGGGUCUCCACACUAGCUAUGACUAUGUCAAGCUAGAGCUUCUGACCGGGGGAAAGAAGUUCACACUUUCUCUGAAGCUGCCAUAUAGUGUACUGUUUCACAACCUACUGUAACACAUAGUGGCAGAUCAUGACAACAGCCAUUAUAUUACACUUAUGACCAGACAUUACCUAGUAGUGUAUGUGUUAUGGACAAUGAAAUGCGAAGGAUCUCAACCAAGAGUCAAAUGUUUUACAUGUGUUUGAUCCAUUGUCAGACUGUUUUACGUAGUGAAACAUUUGUCAGGAAUAAUGCCAUUAUAACAGCAUUAUAUAGGCAGCCUGUGAAUGCGCCAUUAACAAUGAAGUUCUAAACUGAGCUGCUAUUUAAUACUCAAAAUAGUUUGACAAGCUAAAAGAGUAAAUAAGUAACACGAUCCAUCCACCUUUUAUAUACUAUAAACUGAGUUGGCAUACAUGAGCCAGGAUUCAAUUUAAGACGAGUUAAAAAACAGCGUACUUUAACAGACUUUUUAACGGUAAUUUGUGCUUAACCUGACAUGCACAGUGUUUCCAAUCGGCUUUUUAGUCCACUGCUCUAUAACGCACCCUGCCAAAAAUCGCGUUUGGCACAGGUUCCAUAUUUAUCCUGCCAGAAACGAUUGAACCGAUAACUCUACUUUGUCUAAAAUGCUCCACUAAAGCAAAAAGAUGGAUGUAGGCCUUCCUUGUGAAGAAGUAACGAUCCAGCCCCAAUGAACAGAGUAGUUGCUUACUUCUGCAAUAUGGGCCAAUGUUUGGCUUUAACAGGCACAGACAGAUACGCAUUCAAUCCAUUUACUGUUGUACAAUUAAGAAAGACAAAAUGUCUGUGCUAUAGGAAUGUUAGACAUGGAUCAUUGUACGAUCACCAUUGCUGUACUGCAGAUGCUACACCAUGAUGUACACACAAGUGUUUUGGCAGGCUUACAGAUAUGUUGCAGGAGGAAGAGUAUGGUUUCUAAACACAUUUAGCAUUCGUAAGAAUCAGAGGUUAUCCUAAUGGAGAAGUGCUGUAUUUAAAUGUAUUUCCUAAAGUGCACUACUCUGGUUAAAAGUAGAGCGCUAUAUAGGAAAUGUGGUUCCAUUUGGAAUGCACCCCUUGUUUAAACAGCCACUUCAGAACAGCACCAAGAGACACUAAGAAGGACAUGGACUCCUCCCUCCCUCCCAGCCCAUGUACUUGAUUAUGUCCUCAUAAGUAGUUCCAUCCGCUUCAUAACUCCCCAUAAACUUCUUCAGGGAUAAGACAUCCUUGUGCUUCCAAACUCUGCUUUCAGAAGCAUGUGAUCUUUCCAAACUGACAUGGAUUUGACUUUUCUCGAGUUCACAUUUUUUCAUAAUCCCACUUUGAACAUUGCUUGUCCUUCAGCCCCCCCCUUGGAGUUAACAUAACUACUGUGUUAUACCAUGGAAAUGGAGAUCUGACUGUUACUGUAUAUACACUUCUCUGUGAGAACAGAUAGAUUUGAGUUGAGGUUGUCUUCCAGGAUAUGUGCUGCCGGUCCACCCUUUCAACCCCAUCUGAAUCAUGGCUAAAGGAAAACAAGUGUGUGACAUGAAGCCCAUUCUCUUUUACAAUCAUCUCAUAAUGCAAAUGUUUCCAUGGGACAUAUUUAACACAAUCAUUUUGUCUUGGAUCACUGUGUUCUAUGUUGCGACCAAACCAUAUACAACUAAAUAAUAACUAACCAACUACAGUACUUCAUAUGGUAGCAUUUUUCAUUCCACCAGAUUCCAUUGGAAGUAACUGGGAGAUCCAUAGGUAGCUACAUGUUAACACCAUGGUAACACACGUCAUCUAUCUGCAGGGAAGACUUUAUGGACCCCCUCUCUGUCAUUCAAACAUGGGUCUUAGCAACACCAUACACCUUAACUAUGGCAAUGCUGACCAGGAUGGAGUUGCAUAGAGGUGAAAUCUUUACUUAAAUUGAGUCCAUAAAGCAAACAUAUUAUCUCACUUCAUUCAAAGAGGUUGUUGCAGCUCUAUCUAUUUGUUGUAUUUAUUUAUUUAUUUUUGAGAGCAAAUCAUAAUCGAUGAACUUUUUGUUAUUGUUGAUGUCGUUGACAUUGUUGUUAUAGACGUUUUUAUUCUGAUAACGAUUUAUUUUUGUACUAUAGUCUUAUUUAAUUAAAGUAAUUUUUUUCCAUGAGA